AGAUAUUUAAUUUUUUGCUGAAUUAACCUGCCAAGUGUCGAAAUCAUUUUUAGGUAAAUAAACCCGCCUUUUUCUCUAAUUGCUGUAAUACAUCAUAGUAUUAAGUAGCUUUUAUUUGUUAUUGCUAUUCAACUACAUAUCCGUUUAGGUCCCGUACAAAACCAUGUCGCUCUUAUAUUAACAAAUAAAAGAUGAUUUAAAUUCAACAUGUCAGCAAUUAUGAUUAUCUUAUAAGCGUAUUUUACCUUUGUUUCUUCAAGUGCUGUUGAAUGACCUUCAAUUGACGUAACUUUAUUUAAAUUGCUGUAUGUUGCUUAUGCAGUUUUAAUGAAUUUGGAAAUUUGGUAUUUCUGUUAUUAUUUUCUCGUUAUGACUGUGUCAUGUUGAAAUUGGCAGCACACAAAGCGGAGCCAUCUUUAAUUCUUUCAACACUUCAACAGAUGCACUUCAGUACAAAAUUGCUGGCUUUUUUACAUUACAUAUGUAUCGAUAAAAUCUGAUACAGUUGAAGGGAGAUCGUUUCCACUUCCCAGGUCUCUUCUCGUGCCGCAUGGUGAUAGGAUCGUACUUGCAUUUCUCAAGGCAGAUUUUCGAUUUUGUUGAUAACCUCUCGCAAUUUUUUUGCUGGGUAUCAAAUGGCAAAAUUCCAAUAGGAUCAAUAACGAAUGAUGAGUGAACGGAUUUUAGUUUGAAAGUAUUGAAGUGAAUUUUGACCCGUUCACUACCAGGCCCUAAAUGUUGUUUAGACACCCGGUAUUCGUUUUCAAUUUGACGUCACAAGUUAUUCCGCAACAAUGUGAAAUUAUGACGCCGCGUAUGGAGGAUUUCUGUCAUUGGCUCACAAUGGUUGGUGGAAGAAAGGUUGAUGCCGAAGAUGGAGGUACAAAAAGUGAAAGUAUGGAGGCCAAGGGCGAUGAUAAAGAACUGGAAGAAGACGAUAAAACAUUCGGAAAUGAUGGCCUGUUCUUUCCGUGGUCACUUGCGCGGACACGCCGUCACUCAUUGGACAGCUACCACCGAAGAAGCUCAAUUGGUUCUACCGUGGUAAAGAAGACUGACCCAAGGCUGACUGGCAUCUUUACAGAAAUGUUUCGAUUGAAUUUGGAGAGUAAAGUUGCCAAGAAACUCUAUGGUCACCAAAGAAACAUCGAUGAAGAAAAUUAUGAACAAUUAGCAAUGGGGAAAUAUGUUAUUCACCCCAUGAGUGAUUUUAGAUUCUAUUGGGACAUGAUAAUUGUUGUCAUCCUCUUCGUCCAAAUCUUUGUCCUACCUGUUAGUAUUGCAUUCUACAGUGGGGACUUCUCCGUCGCUUGGCUCUGCAUCAACGGUAUUUCGGAUACCAUUUUCAUUUUUGAUAUAAUUUUCAACUUCCACACCGGAAUCCCGGAUCAUGAAAACGAGCACUUGACAAUAUUAGACAAAAGGAUCAUCCGCAGAAGAUAUUUAAAAGGCUGGUUUUUCUUGGAUCUGUGCUCUUCUUUGCCCCUGGAAUACGUAUUUCUCAUUAUUGAAAGCACAGAUCGAAGUACUGCCAUCGUAAAAGCGUCCAGAGGAUUCAAGAUUCUAAAGCUUGUUAAAAUGUUGACCCUACUCAAACUUUUUAGGCUAUCUCGACUAGUCAGGUAUAUUCGACGCUUUGAAGAUGCCACAAAUAUUACUACUUCGCAUCUCCGGAUUCUGAAAUUACUCGCACUAAUGUUGUUACUGGGACACUGGAGUGGAUGCUUGCAAUAUCUGGUUCCGUAUUUGCAAGAUUUUCCCGCCGAUUCCUGGGUGGUUCGGGAAGGACUUCUGGAAGCAUCAGUAUGGAGGAGGUACACGUGGAGUGUCUUCAGAGCAAUGUCCCACAUGCUAAGCAUCGGCUACGGUCGUAUGCCUCCACAUUCGACCACCGAUGCUUGGCUUACGUUGCUUAGUAUGAUGAUAGGUGGGGCGUUUUAUGCUGUUUUCAUUGGUGGAAUAUCUACAAUAUCGAUGGCAAUAGAUGCGUCUGGCCGGAUGUACAAUGAAAAGGUGCAACAAGUGUCUGAAUACUUGAAGUUUCGAAAGUUACCAAGGUCAUUACGAGACAAAGUUCAUGACUAUUAUGAGCACAGAUUUCAAAGAAAGUGUUUUGACGAGGAGAAAAUAUUGAAGGAGGUUUCACCAUCUCUUAGAGAGGAAAUCUUGAUGUAUCACCUCGGAGAUCUUCUCAGAUCUGUUCCAUUUUUUAAAAAUGCUGAGUCAGAGUUCUUGGAGGAGCUCGUCCUUGUACUCAACUUUGAAGUCUAUCUUGCGAACGAGGUCAUAUGUAAAGGAGGCCGAAAAGGAAACAAAAUGUUUUUUAUUGAACAAGGAAUCGUAGAGGUUGUCUCGCCAAAAGGAGAGAUAACUGCAUCACUGGGAAAAGGAUCCCAUUUCGGAGAGAUCAGUUUACUGUCCAAAGAAGCAAGACGAAUUGCUACUGUACGAGCUAGGACACAGUGCGAUUUGUUUUCAUUGUCGUGUGAUGAUUUCAACGACACAUUAAAAGAUUAUCCACAUAUGAAAGAAGUUCUUCGGCGGGUUGCAGAAGCAAGGCUGCAUAAUAUUGGCGCGUCAGACAGUGUUGGGAACAUAGACCCUCAGUUUUGGAACUGUGAUGUUGUCGACUUGGAAUCCAGCGGCGUUUGUCCAAAUAACUUUUUUAAAAAGAAACCAACUUUGUUUUGCAACCUGAAAAAUUCUGAUAAUCAUUCUCCAUCUGGAAGCAAGCAAUCUUUCGAUAAAGAUACAGCUUCGAACGAAACUUUUGCAUCUUUUAAUGCGUAAUUUGUGUAUAAAACUAAUUGACUUGCUAAUUUUUAUCACUGCAGUUGAUGAUCGAUGUCCAAAAUAUGUAAUUUUUUGCAACUAAUUAAGUACCGCUUAUUUAUUAUUGUAUUUUGAAACUUUAAAUUGAAUAAGUACCUCAAAUGGUCGAGCAUUUCUGUUCUAUGGUUUGCUAAAGUUUCGUUUAUAAUGGCGUGGUUAUGUCAACGUAUUCUAUCAAUGGUCCGUGGCACAGUUAUUGAAGACUAAGGCACGAAAGGUCUUUAUGUCAUAUAGGGAAGCUUGCCUAGUUAUUGGUGGGGCGGUGUCGGUGGUUUGCAAGCGGAGAUGAAGUUGAAAAAUAUUUGGUUUGCAAGCGGUGAUGAAGCAAUCUUUGGUUUGCAAGCGGAGAUGAAGUUGAAAAAUCUCUGGUCUGCAAUAAUUUAAGGUUAUAAUAUUUACUUUAUCCUUAAAAGCCCUUCCCCCAACUGCCCUCCCCUAGUGCUAGGCUUUGUACAAAACUUUUCUUUUGGUGACGUCUUUAUGCAAACACCACUCGAUAUCUUUUUAAAAGGAAGAAAAGAUGCAAUGUAAGCUAUAAACCGUUUUGAAAACUUUACAUGUAAUAAUAAAUCAAUAGAGUUGUACAAUAAAUUUCAAAAUCAAAUUCGGUUUCUGCACAAUAUUCACGUCAUGCAAGAUUAAGAAAAUGCUUAGAAAUGCGUCAAAAUACAUAAAAAUGCUCUCAGACUUGUGUGUUUAUGCUACUUUUGUUAGAAUUUGGGGAAUCAUUAGAAUUUGUUUGUUCAAGGAAUGAAAAGGCUAUAGAAUGUAGAAAAUAAAAAACACCGUAACGAGCCAAGAACAAACAACAACAAACACAAGUAAAUUGAUGGUAGCUCAGCUAAACUAAUGGUAAUGUAAGUCUUAUAAUAAGGCUGCCUGCUAUCUAACUGCCCUCAUCACAUGAUUUUAAUCGCUUCUCUCUAAGUUCCACCCGUUUUACGACGAAAACGCGAGGCAUCUUUUCAGUAGAAUACAUCCACAUUACAAGUUACAAAACCGUUAACAGUCUAGAAGAGAAGAAAGACAACCUGCUUGAAAAGGCACUAGAAUAUUUAACCUUCAAUUGUUUCUUUAAAACGUACUUUUAUUGUUUCGUUUAAUAUGCAAUGUUACAAUCAACUUCUUAACGGAGCUGUGUUCUCUGUAUGCGAAACUACAAUUCAUGCAAAUGUUUACGUCAGCAUGUUAAUAUCGUUGUAUUAAUACCGAGGUGGUGAUCACAAGCGUCGGUUGAUUGCGAGGUUAAAGAGUCACCAUUGUAUACAUGCGAUCUUGAAUUUUUCGUUUAUUCUCAAAGCAAAUGAUCAAAAUGACACGUAGAAAUAGGAGAAUGAGGACUAUUGCCAUCAUUGACAGCAGUAAGGAGGAAAAGUAACUUUCACUCGCUCUCUCUCGAGAGAAUAAGCUUGUCAAACCGGUUGAAAUUGCAAUGUACUCUACGACAGCAAAUCGAACAUAUUUUUCCACUGCAAAAUUCUCAAUUAGAAACCAAGCAAUCAAGAUUACUGCAAAGACCAGCAACGAGGCUACUGAUGCUUGGAACGAGGUUAACCCAACAUCGUAGCAAAGAACCACAGCCAGGGAGAGAAUGACGAAGACAGUGUUCCACGCACAAUCAAAUAUGAGAGCAGACUGAAUGAAUAUUCGAUGGCACCAUAUUGUGCUGGCCUCCAGUUCAUUUUCGUUUGCUUUGGCGUAGUAUAGUGACGUAUAGGCCUGAUACAUCGCAGGGUAUUGCAAGAGGGUUGAAGUGCACAUUAAUAUAAACGAAGAUAUGGUCUUUUCAAAUGCCCAAAGCACGAUACCUAACGAUUCCAUGACGCAAGA